AAAGGCCACUGAUCGCACAUUACAUCACAGUUGUGGCCGCAGACUCUGAUCACACCGGGGGAACCUGGCUCCUCAAACCAAAGCGCACAGGCGGGACACUUUGUGAACUCUCUCCUCGUCACCGGACGCCACCAUGUUGCCUUUCAAGAGAACUUUUGAGGGCGAGAAGCAGCAGCUGCAGAAGCUCAACAGCAGACUGGCUCAGUAUCUGUGCAGGACCAAGCAGCUGGAGCAGGACAACGCGCAUCUGGUGAGCGAGAUCCAUAAACUCAGGCAGGCGAAGACUGCGGGAUGGGAGCCGAGGUACAAGGCCGAGAUGCGGGACCUGAGGGAGAUGCUGGGGCAGCUGUCGAUGGAGAAGUCCCAGGCGGAGAUGGAGCGGGAGAAGCUGUGGAGGGAGCUGCAGCUGGUCCAGGGUCUGUGCAGCGAGCAGACAGGGGUGUGCCGGGACAUCAGCGGGGAGCUGCAGGGCUGCGAGAAGGAGCUCCACCUCGCCCACCAGACCAACAGUGGCCUCCAGCAGCGGCUCUUCCAGCUCGAGAGCCAAUAUAAAAGCAUGGAGGAAGCGCACAGGCAGGAGAAGGAGCGUCUCCGGCGUCAGGUGGACUCCCGGAUGGUGCCCAUCAUGACGCAAACUUACCGCGGGCCUCCGGUGGCCUCCGUGGAGGAGGUGCAGGAGUACGCGCGGGGUCUGUCCGAGGGCUGGAUGGAGACGUUUGACAUGUACCAGCAGAAGGUGGAGGAGAUGGAGCAGUCGAUCAGAGCGGACCAGGCGAAGCUGGGUGACCUGCAGAGGGAGAAGAUGCUGUACGCGUCAGAGAUGGACAAAUUACGCACGGAGGCGGAGAAACGGGGCAACGCUCAGAUGCGUCUGGAAGAGCAACUGAUGCACAUGCAGGAAAAAAUCCAUGUGGACUCGGGUCAAUAUCAGAUGAUUAUAGAGCAGCUGGAGCACGAGAGAAACGCGAUGGCCGACACCAUAGAAGCAAAGAUGCGAGAACAUCAGCACCUUCUCCAGGUGAAGAUGGAUCUGGGCAAGGAGGUGGCUGCCUACAGGGCUCUCCUGGAGGGUGAAAGAGUGGGUCUUCAAGAUGCUCAUCCGAGGGUGAAUCAGCAUCAGAGAGAGAGAAUAAUAGAUAUCAAGAUGCCUGCUCAACCCUACAAACCAAGGGCUUCCAUCCUAACAACCAGGCCACACACGGACAUCAGGUACAGGCCACAGACGUCAAGCCUGAGUAGAUCCCCCAUGCGUCCCUCUGGGUCCAUAAGUCCCUCUAGAGUCAUUCCUAUUUCAGUUGCAAGCAGAGAUCGUUAUCAAAGUCCCGAAUCCAGAAGGGACAUGAUCUCAUUCAACAAAGCUCGGGCUGCCGCUUCUGCCACUGCCACCACCGCGGCUGCCAAAGAUGAACAAACAAGAAGGAGUGAAAACCCCAUGAGUCACAGUGUGCAAAAACCAACAGCAGAGGGGGAAACUGUGAAAAUCAAACAAGUCUCUUCAACGGAAAACCAAAGCAGUGCCAUCAAGUCUUCUACUCCUGAGACCAAAUCUGUGAGAGUCGUGGCCCCGUCGAUGAUGAUGCUGAGCAUGAAAACUGAACAAGAAAACCAAAAGCAACUCUUGGAUGAAGAGGAGAUGGAUUCUGUAUAUGACAGCGAGUUCGAAGACAAAGGGAGAAGAGGGUAUACGAUGAGCCCAAGUGAGAAGAAGAUAUUAGACUCUGUGUCGGUAGAGGAGAUCAUUGAGAAGGUGAUUAAACCAGCUGGUUUGGAUGCUAAGGUUUGCUCAUCGGGAGAAUCCAAGAUCAGAUAUCAUGUUGAGAAAACCGAGCAGGAGGACGGCACGUUUAAAACACAGAUUGUGCUGGAGUCCAAAGUGGAGGAAGAGCUGGAUUUUUCGGAAGACUCUGCCCUGGAGGAACUUAUGAGCCAAGGCGUGAAGAAGGUGUCACUGGAGGACAUCGAGGACACGGAAACAGGAAGCAUGAUCAAGAAUAUUUUAAGUGGCCUGCAGGGAGCAGAGAACCUGCGAAAUAAGUCUGUCAAUGUGGAAAUCAUUGAGGAACCGGUGGACUCUUACAGUGAUGAAGAGCAGGAGGUUGAAGAGAAGUCCAGAUCCACUUUUUAUGGCCCCUCUUCAACAUAUUUCCAAAUUGAGGAGCUAGAAAACGUCCCUGAUGAUGCACCAGGACGGGGGAUUGAUGAUGAUGAUGAUGCCAUGAAAUCCUCCAGGUCAGACACAGAUCAGUCCAAGGGCGGAUCUGUUCAUGUUCAACAGGUCUCUAGACAUAGUGAAUCUUCAUACUUCUCCCACGGCCAAGAGCCUCAUGAGUAUUUUGUCUCCACACCAGAUGAUAACCUUUCUGAAACCGAGGACGGUGGUGGCAUGUCCUCUUGUGGCCACUAUGGCAUUGUUGAUGACCUGUCAGAUGAGAGGUACUACCAAGAUGAAAGUCUUUCACGGAAAAGAGUGAUUGUAGAGGAAGGGGAUGAAUACAAGUUCAUGUCAGACGACAACGACUUUGUCAAAGAGAGUUUCCCAGAGUCCAUCAUUGAAGAAGAGGUUUGUGUUUCCCCUGUGGUGCAGGAGUCAGUGCUGGAAUUCCUAAGAGAGGACUCCUUGGAGCCCAAGGAGCAGCUGGAGGGAGCUCUAGAGAAGCUACAAAGCUCCGUUUCUGGUCCUCUGAGGGAGGAGUUGGCUUUCCUCACCAAGUUGAGUAAAGACAGCACACAAAAUGUGUCUGUCAAAAAAGUGCAGCAGUCAAGUGACAAUGGAACCAUGACAAUAGUUGCCGAGCUAAAUGUCUCUCAAUCUCUGGAAGACUCUGGGCUGCUGGAGGAAGGAGAUGAUCUGUCUGAGGAGCAGAUCAUGGCAGCAUUCAGAUCGUCCAACCUUGGGUUUGACGGUGGUGCUGGAGGAGGGUACAGCUUCAGAAUUUCCAAAGAAGAGGAUGUUGCUUAUGACGACGAGUUUGAAGUCUUUGCAAACCAAGAAGAAUCUGGGUCUGAAAUCACUGAGAAACGCAUCAAACUAGAGCCGUCAGAGAAAUCCUCUGAGGCAUCUUCAGAGUCUCAAACCACAGAGAAACCACUAAAGAUUUCUCAAGAGAAAAGAGUUGCAACAAUAUACCUUGAAAGCCAAGAUGAUUAAAACAGACUUUGGUCAGAAAUAUUUUAAAUUCAAUACCUGCCAGUCGUAUCAAGUGUCGAAGUGCAGAUACAGAGAGAUCAAAAGGCAUAUAUGCUGAUAGCAGACAUUGUUAUGAUACUAUGCAGUAAAACAUUUUAUAUCUAAUUCAUUUUGGUACACUCUUUUACUGUGCCAACUUAAAGGAGUGUUUUACCUAAAACUUAACUGCAUACAUAGACACAUUAUGGUUAUAUAUACGUUUAUAGUUUUAAUUGAGGGUAUUUGAAAAGUUUCGCAUGCUCAAAAACACAUCCUCUUAUCAGCCUCUGCCUGAAACGCUUGGUUUUAGCUCCUGUCUCUUAACAUGACGAGCCCAGCUGACCCAAUCUGUUGUGAUUGGUCAACCGCUUCCAGCAUGUUUAGGAUAUGUUGUUCUCCAAUCUUGCUGUAUCUGGUUACAUCUGGGCGCGUGCCAGACUAGACGCUAGGCGUACAUUAUGCAAAUGUGGGCUAUUAUGAUGUCAUGUGACAUCAUGAUGGUGUGGAAGUAUUGGCCGAACUACAGAGGAGGUGUUUUAAUAGCUUCAGGAGUGUUUUCUGUUUGGGAGAGGAGCUCCCUCUAAUGUGGACUUUUGGCUUUUUAGCUUUGCAGAACUUUUACACACACACAAACUCUACUAGACAACAAUAGAGGAAAGAGAAAAACAUAUCUUCUUUAAAAUGACCAGAUUAUAACAUAUUUUUAUGGUAUAUGUUUUCGCAGAAGUAUAAUAAAAAUUAUGCUAGCUUAAGUUGGGAUAGUAACAUUGUAGCAAUGUUUCGGGUUGGUUAUACUGGGGGGGGGGGGGGGGGGGUUGCGCUAGCGUGUUUUAUUCUUUUUAUAGCUUGCAGUUUAUUUUCAAACUGUUUUGUUUAUUCUCUCUAGAUUUCUUUAUUUUUCUACUAACCUGUACUGCACAGCUUCAACAGACAGUUCACAGCACGUCAUCAACCCAAUUGUCAUAUCGUGGUCCUUUCAGCCAUGAUGUGAUAGUUGUGAGGUGCUGGGCACCCUACGCAGGCCCUUUUUAUUUUUCUCUGGCACUGCUAAUGGAAUGAUGUUGGUGUGUAUUGCAUCCUGGAACACAAUGGUUUAUUUUAAGUUGUCAGGAGUGUGAACAGAUUUAUAGUUAAACUCGUGGCUGGUGGUGUAAGGGGAGUGAAGACAUAGAUGGUGAUUUGUCUCACGAUAUAUUGAGACAAAUUUGAAUUCUGAGGUAAAGGUGUAGUUCAAGUAAUGUGGAGCUUAGAAGUGUUGUUUAAGUAACUCACAAAGUAAGGUAUGGUCAGAUGAUUGAACUAGAAUAUUAGCACAUUACACAUUAAAACAAAUAACUGGACAUUUCAUUACCUAAUAACGAAAUGCAGGUUACAUAAUCAAUGUAAACAAUGUAAUCUGUAACGUGAAUAUUUAGCUCCAAUAUUGUGAUUUGUGAGUCGGUAAAUAGAAAUGGUGGAUCACACCAAUGACAGUCAGCAAAGAGUAAGGUGAAAGACCAAAAGGAAGCGGCAGAGCUUAGUGAUUCAAGGAUGCAGCAAGUGUUGUGAAAGAAAAUAUGAUCACAUUGAGUUUUAAUGUCAUGUCUAAUUUUAAUUUGGUGUCUCGACACCGUUUGCUUGUCCACUUGCGUUUGUUAUCACAAUGUUGGCUUGAGGGAUUCACCUUUACUCUGACAUAGCAGUGUGUUCAUGACGCUCACUAUUUUGGGAUCGACAGCUUAGUGGCACCGGGCGUUCUCUGGGGUCUGUUGUGUUGUGUUCUUGUUGCAGAGGCAGAAACGUCUGUUUAUAGCCUGUUUAAAUGUUUUACACAUGUCGUCCUCACGGCUGUCCUAAUUUAAACCUUGCAACCACUGAGCAAUGUCUUCACAUAUUGGAUUUUUGGCACUGCUACUUUAAAAUAACCUGCAGAAAUAAAACGUAUGUGUGAAUGCCAUGCUUUUAUAAACAUCUUUACAAAAAAGAGCUUCUAUUUCAAAUUUGUUGCAUUAAAGUGCCCAGAUACAGUUGAUCUCCAAACAUUUGAUCAUCUGCUAACCGCGGUAAUUUAGAUAUUACAUUGUUACACUUAAAAUAUUAACAAGGAAUUUGUGUAAGUGUAUACUGUAUGUCUAUACACAUUGUAAUCUGAACACCAUGUGCCAUGUCAGAGCGUAAACAAACCUUUACAAACGUGUUAAGAAUGUUUGAGUCAGUGUUGAUUGAGGACGUUCACCAUGGAUACCCCAGCAUCGUUGCUGUUAUUGACAUACAGUGAUGAUUUCUUCUGAAACUAUCAUUGCUUUGUUUAAAAUUGGUUCCAGCCAUAACUUUGUAAUUGAUUCAUUUCUUAACACGAUUAAAAGCUAUUGUGGGUA